AUGGACAUUGCCUUUUUGCCCAUUGGAAAGCACACUGUUGAACUAGGACGCUCAUUUCAAUCUAAUAAUAAUAAUACUCGAAACGAUUUAUAUGCACUCCAUUUUACCACCAAACCAGAAUCCGGGCUAUUGUCUCGACCGCUGACCAUUCAACAAGAGAGCAAUGAUCUUUACCAACUACAAUUUAAAUCACGAGGGCUUCAAGGAAAUAAUAAUAAUGCACCUUUUGAGUAUGAGGGUGUUCCAGAGCCUAACUCUGAUCCAAACGAAACAGAAGUACUAUUGAUAUAUGAUGAAAAAUCACAAACUUUUAUAUUAGAAGAAUCACCGGUUCGACUCACUUUGAAAAAGUCUCGCAAACGUAAGAUCAGUAACAAACAGCCUCGUAAGGUUGUUACUGAAAUUGUUCAGCCGGGUGGGGGAGUGCGAAAGAUUGACGAAAGGCCAGGAGAGGAGAUUGUAGAUGACUUUGCUUUCGAUAUUCUCAAAGAUAUGGAAGAGGUUCUUGGUGAAGACGAUGAUGAUGAAGAGGAUGAUAAAGGAGAGGAUGGAGAAAUAUCAGGUGCUAAUAAGCAACAACAACAGCAACAGCAACAGCAACAACAACAGCAACAACGACGACGACAAUCAAUUGUUUCACCUAUUAUAUCUACUAUGGAAGUUGACGAAGACGAUGAUGACGACGACGAUGAUGAUGUUAUCUUUGAAGAAUUCGUUUCGCCUGUCGAACCCUUAACAGUAGCUAAAAAAUCUCCCAAAAUCACAAUGCCCCCUCCGUCAUCUACUCCUCCAAAUAAUGGUAAUACUGCAUCGGCUCAGUCGGCUCAAUCGGCAGAAGCAAAGCGCCGAAAAUACACCAUGGCCUCUGUACCUAUUCGUCACCCCGGGAUAAGAGAUCCUCCGCCACAACCUUCUCUUAAUUCUGCACAACAAUCAACAACACAAUCAUCAACACAGCCAUCCCAACCGUCACUACAACUCCCACCUACUGGUUUAUCCGUGUCUCAAAACCAACAACAUCCGCAAUAUGCUGGCAAGAAGCUCACACCGGCUGUUACACCAGCUGGACCUUCUCUGUUCAACGGUCGUGGCAGAAGUCCGAAGAAAUCUAAUAGUGGUGCUGCUUCUUCAUCUGGGUCGGAUGAAUCUUCCUCGUCGGGAUCAUCCGAUUCAGGAUCUUCUUCAGAAAGUGGAUCCGAUGUUGAUAGUGGGAGCUCGAGUGGUAGCUCGAGUGAGGAUGAUGACGACGACGACGAUGAUGAUGAUGAUAUCGAUGCACUUGCAGAGAACAUCUCUCGUAGUCUUGCCAAAGAAGGUCCUUCUGCACCUUCUUCUCCCCGGCACAAUUACACCGGCACACAUUCUUCUGAUCAUUCUAUUCAAACCAACUCUAUCCCUACAUCUACUGCUGCUGCUACUACUACUACUAAUUCUGCUACUACUACAUCUACAUCUACUACAUCUAACACAUCUACUACUAUUACAAACUAUAAACCUUUGCAUAAUCCACCUUACCAAAGCCCUCUUUCUUCCCGUCCGAAUAGUACACCUGUUCCCAGUCGGGGAGGAAAACCAAUGUCUCUGCGGGCUCUAUUUAAAGAAGAGGCAGAAGAAGAUGGCGUGUCAGGUUCAAGUAGUGAGAAUGAAUAA